UAAAAUCAAGUUUUAUACAAGCAAAUAAUGUACGAAGUGAAAUAAGUUACCUACAGUACAGCCUGUUUUGUUUUUGGAGGCUGAAAUUGUGUACUCGUUGUGUACUAAAUUAUUUAUCUUUUUCUGUUUUUACUUUCGUUUUUACAAUGUUGGGUUACAGAAUGUGUUGAAAAGAAUAGUCGCUAGGCAUCUCAUGUGAAGUGAUUUUUAUAAGUAAAUGCAAUAUUACCUGAGCAUUUAUAGGCUAUAUGAAUAUCAACUAUUUGAAAAAAAAAAUAAAAAUAAAAAUAAAGAUUCUGUCUCCAAAAGUGAACGGGCUACACGUUGACUAAAGUGCUUGCAGUUUUUGUUGCAUGUGGUAUUUCAGCGUGCUUUUCUCGUCUUCUCAUUUAUGGGUGAAAGGGCAGUUUCGUGUUUGUUGUUGUAAGGGUGUUUGUCUACACGUCACAAUGAGCAGUCGAAUGGAUGACGUCAUGCGUCUUUGCUGUGAAGUGUCAGCACGCAAGAACAUAAAAGCAGCGGUGAAGAACUCUGGAAAGGGAGCCGCAGCGGCUGGCGGGAGUGCAUUUGUAGGGGGACUGGUAGGAGGGCCAGUCGGUAUAGCUGUUGGUGGUGCUUUGGGAGGUCUCUUGGGAAGUUGGAUGACCAGUGGCCAAUUCAAACCUCUUCCUGAAAUCAUAAUGGAGUUGCCUCAUAAACACAAGGAGAAACUGUACUCUGAUGUCAUGACAGCAUUGGGCACACUGGACUGGACUGACCUUGCUAACCUCAUUGCUCUUGUUAUGGGGAAUUCUUCUUUGCAAGAGCGAGUGCUUUCAGCUAUACUCACUUAUGCCACAAAAGAGCUGAGGGCUGAAGUCCAGUAUGGAGACUGACCACCAGAGGGUCAGUCAUUUUGUAAUAGUACUCAUGGUGGUGUGGUGACUCGCCUCAGUCCGGGUGGCGGAGGACGAAUCUCAGUUGCCUCCGUGUCUGAGACCAUCAAUCCACACAUCUUAUCACGUGGCUUGUUGAGUGCGUUACUGCAGAGACGUAGCGCAUGUGGAGGCUUCACACUAUUCUCCGUGGCAUCCACACACAACUCACCACGCGCCCCACCGAGAGCAAGAUCCACAUAUUAUAGUGACCAGGGCUGGAGUGGCAAUCGGGAAGAUCGGGAGAAUUCCCGCUGGGCCUGUCAAAAAUUGGGCCGGUUAGGUCCGCAUGUUGAUUGACAAACUUUCAUCAUAUGUCGCAUAACAAUUGCCAACAGUCCGUAACAUCUGGUAUUUAAAGGAUCAGAAUUGUUCCGUAUUAUAACGGACGCAGUCUGUAUUUUAUCAUCUCACACCCAAACAAAUGAGAGAGUUGCCUGUGAGAGACGAAACUGAUGUGCUUCACUUGACAGCGCGGGAAGGAUCACGGAAGAUCCAUCGAGAACAGAUAGGCUUCUAAUAGCUGAAUGGAUGAACGUGCUUCAGGUACAAGAUCAUCACAAGUUUAAUACUGACUGCAGUCUCACAGUCUCAAUCAAUUAAUCUCUGAAAUCCUCUUCCCUAGCAGUGCAGAAUGAUAAUAGCAAAAUUAUUUUUUGUCACAAAAUAACAGAAUACUUAAAGUAAAUGAAUACAGAUGCAACAGCACGACACGGUACGAAAAUAAUGGGACUUUACAACUCUCAAAAGAGUAAACUCAAUGAAACAGAGUGCCUUCAAUGUUAUAUCAUGUGAUAAAAGCCUCUCUUAAAGAGACAGUAACCAUUUUGCCUUUGUCCUGAACAUUUACAUUCCAAGUAAAAGAAAAGUACAAAUGUGUUAUUUUUAGUCUUUUAUUUCACUCUUAUCAUUGUAAAAUGGCAUGUUUUUGAAUGGCAUGUAAAAAUGUAAAAACAAUCACUCAACCUUAAUUGUUUCACUGGAUCUGUUGCUAUUUAAAUUUCUAAAAUACAAAGCAUUGACCAUUUAAAGUGUGAGCCUGUACAUCUUGAAAGAGUUAUAAACAGUUAAGGUUCUACAGUGUUAUUAUGUGCCUAGAUAGUCUAUAAAAUAAACUUAGUUUACCCAGAAAUGAAAUUUCUCUCAUCAUUUACUCACCCUCAUGCCAUCCCAGAGGUGUAUGACUUUCUUUCUUCUGCUGAACACAAAUUAAGCUUUUUAGAAGAAUUUCUCAGUUCUGUUGGUCCUUUCAAUGCAAGUGAAUGGUGAUCAGAACUCAGAAGGCACAAAAAUCACAUAAAUGCAGCAUAAAAGUAAUCCAUACAACUCCAGUGGUUUAAUCUAUGUCUUCAGAAGCGAUAUGAUAGGUCUGGGUGAGAAACAGAUCAACAUAUACUUUUUUUUUUAUUAUUAUAAAUUCUCCUCCCUGCCCAGUAGGGGGCGAUAUGCUUAUGUAAAUCACCAAAAACAGAAGAAGAACUCUUCAAGAGAGAAGAGUGCUUAUGAAAGUGAAAGUGGAGAUUUAUAGUAAAAAAUGAUUAAUUAUUGAUCUGUUUCUCAGCGCCUCUCAUUUACUUGCAUUGAAUAGACCAACAGUUCUUCUAAACAUCUUCAUUCAUGUUCUGCUAAAGAAAGUCAUACACACCUGGGAUGGCAUGAGGGUGAGGAAAUUAUCAAAUAUCCCUUUAACAUUCACUUAUUUUUACAACACAUACAAUGAUGUCUUAUGACAAAGUGAAAAUCUUAGUGAAUGCCGUAUGUGGUAUAAUGACAUGGAGAGCUUAAAUAAUUUUCAAGUAAUUACAUAUAUUGUAUAUUUUUGCUGUGAUCUUGUUUUAUUGUUAUCAUCUUCACUUCCAACCCCCCUUUUGGGUGUGGGCUGACUUGGACAUGACAUCCCAGACUGAAUAUGAAUCCCACUCUGGCCCUGAUAGUGACCACGAGGAGGUUACCCCAUGUGACUCUACCCUCCCUAGCAACCAGGCCAAUUUGGUUGCUUAGGAGACCUGGUUGGAGUCACUCAGCACACCCUGGAUUCGAACUCGCAACUCCAGGGGUUGUAGUUAGCGUCGAUACUCGCUGAGCUACCCAGGCCUCGACGUUUCACAUUCUUAAAAUAAAGUAGUGAUCCUAUCUGACCCAAGACAGGGAAUGUUUUCUAUGAUUAAAUGUCAGGAAUUGUGGAAAAACUGAGUUUAAAUGUAUCUGGCUAAGGUGCAUGUAAACCUCUGACUUUGACUGUACACCGAUCAGCCACAACAUUGAAACAACCUGCCUAAUAUUGUGUAGGUCCCCCUUGUGCCAGCCCGCAUCUCAAAAUGCCAUUCUGAGAUGCUGUUCUUCUCACCACAAUUGUGCAGAGCGGUUAUCUGAGUUACAUUCCCGUUAUCUUAGCAGGGGUUUGACUCUCAUUAGAGAUGUCUCCUAGCAACCCAACUGAUAAACAAUGCUGCAGCGCUGGCAUUUGUGCUUCAGGUGUACGAUUAUCAAAAGAGAUUAUAAUUUACCAUGUUUUAUACACCUGUUUCUGCAGGCGUUUGUUAAACAAGCUUUAAUAUCAUGUAAUGUGGAAACGAACUCAUAUUAAUUAAUAAAG